AUGGGCUCUACAGACUCCCUACCUGCCGGCCUCCCGGUCGGAAACCCCACGACUCCCUUCUGGAGAACCGAAUUACAUCCCCUCGAUGACCUGCGAGCUACUCCGGAAUUGCCCCAGCAGAGCGACAUCGUCAUAAUUGGCGCUGGGUAUGCCGGGGUCAGCAUCGCAUAUCAUCUAUUGAAGCAACAGGAUCAGAAAGGCCAACCCCACCCGUCGAUAACUAUUCUGGAAGCGAGACAGAUCUGUUCGGGUGCUACCGGCCGUAAUGGUGGCCACAUACGACCUGAUUUGUAUGGUCAUAUUCCGACAUACAUUGAACGACAUGGAACCGAGGCCGGUGUAGAGCUGGCCAAUUUUGAGCUUUCACAUGUUAAAGCCCUGAAAGACGUCAUUGUCAAGGAAGAGAUUGAUUGCGAUCUCAACAUUACUCGGAAUAUGAAUGUAUAUCUCAAUGAAGCCCAUGGAGAGAAGGCGAAACGGACAUAUGAGGCACUGGCAUCCCAGGCGCAUUCGUUUGUCGAGGACAUACAUUAUACACCCCAGAAACAUGCUGAAGGAAUUUCUGGCGUCAAAGGUGCCAAGGCUUGCAUGUCCUAUACUGCAGGCACGUUGUGGCCUUACAAGUUCGUUCUCGGAUUACUUUCGAAGAUCGUGGACUAUAGUGCUCUGAAUGUACAGGCGAAUACCCCAGUCACAUCCGUGUCAUCUGAAUCUGACUCCAGUCACCUGGUCAACACUCCCCGCGGAUCAAUUCAUGCUUCCAAAGUCAUCUAUGCUACAAAUGCCUACACACCCGGCUUACUCCCGGAAUACUCCUCACAUAUCGUGCCUGUUCGUGGAAUAUGCUGUCACAUCACUAUCCCCGAGGGCAAAAAUGCCCCUUUCCUACCAUACUCUUACAUCCUCAACACAGAGAAUGGAGACGGAUGCAGCUACCUGAUCACCCGACCUGACGGGAGCAUAAUCACCGGCGGCGCCCAAUACACAUUCAAAGAAGCUAAGGAGCAGUGGUAUGGUGUGGUAGAUGACAGUACACUGAUUGAGCCUGCAAAGGACUAUUACAAUGACUACAUGCAGCGCACGUUUCAGGGCUGGGAGGACAGCGGUGCAUAUGUCAAGGAGAUUUGGACUGGAAUUAUGGGUUAUUCGUACGAUUCCAACCCUCACGUUGGUGAAAUCCCAGACAAACCCGGACAGUAUAUUUGUGCGGGAUUCAAUGGGCACGGAAUGCCAGUAAUCUUCUUAACUGCCAAAGGGCUCGCCGAAAUUAUCCAGACGGGCAAAAGUUUUGAAGAGGCUAAAUUACCGCGCAUCUUCAAGUCCACAAUGAAGAGACUGCAGGCGGCUCAGGAAGCGUCGGAUGGAGGUGAUGUUCUGGCUUGA